GACUAGAAUCAUCAGGAAUAACAAUUCUAUUGGGAAUGGAAUUUGAUGACCCAGAAGUAACAUUACUCGCAGAACAAAAAAAUAGAGACUUAGUAAAAGAUCUAGAAGAAGAAUAUAGAUAUGCAACUAACCAAGCACUAAACUUGGACAGAAAAGAUUUUGAAGCAAUGCAAGAGUAUGAACAACGAAUCUUAAUGGAAAGAUUCACCAGACAAAUGAAACAAUAUGAAAAUAAAAUGCAUGAUAUAGAAGACGAAGAAGAAUGA